AUGGCGGACCACACCCACGACGGCCACUCGCACGACGGACAUGUACAAGACCACGGCCACUCCCACGAGAUUCUUGACGGGCCUGGAUCAUACCUUGGCCGGGAACUGCCAAUUAUCGAGGGCAGAGAUUGGUCCGAGCGGGCUUUCACUGUUGGAAUUGGAGGACCUGUCGGAUCCGGAAAGACUGCAUUGAUGCUUGCGCUCUGCAAAGCUCUGCGAGACAAGUACUCUGUUGCCGCUGUGACGAACGAUAUCUUCACGAGGGAGGACCAAGAAUUCCUUGUCCGGCACGAAGCUCUUCCAGCCGAACGUAUCAAGGCCAUUGAGACCGGAGGAUGCCCGCAUGCCGCAGUCCGUGAGGACAUCUCUCAGAACCUCCACGCACUCGAGGACUUGCACCAACAGUUCAACACCCAACUCCUCUUGAUUGAGUCCGGGGGCGACAACCUGGCCGCAAACUACUCACGCGAGUUGGCAGACUACAUCAUCUACGUCAUCGAUGUCUCAGGCGGCGACAAGAUUCCCCGCAAGGGCGGACCAGGAAUCACGCAGUCCGAUCUCCUAAUCGUCAACAAGACAGACCUGGCUGAGUUGAUCGGCGCAGAUCUGAACGUGAUGGACAGCGAUGCGAGGAAGAUGCGUGAGGGAGGGCCUACCAUCUUCGCCCAGGUUAAGCAUGGUAAGGGUAUGCCCGAGAUCGUGGACUUGAUCCUCUCGGCGUGGAGGGCGAGCGGCGCUUCGUCUCCUACUGUUGCUUGA